GGACAUCCGCUUAAUGGGCGCAUGCGUGAAGCUGAGGAACUUUCUGGAAACUAAAAGUGAAUAUUUGUAGCUAAAUACAGAAGAUGUACUUUCCCUUUGGAUUAACAUUGACCUGUCUAUUGAACGUCUUAUGGAGCAAUGCAGCUAUGGAACAGCAUUUAUUGACGUCCACAUUUCAAGAUGCUUUUGGAGCAACAGUGGACCACAGUGAUGUAAUUAGCCUCAUCAUGGAAAUUAACAAAGAUCUCAUAAAUACCAGUGCCUCAGAGAACAUUAUCGGUGGAGAUUACCGUGAACACCCUGGGUCAAGUUGUUUCAGUGGCCACGAUAGCUGUUUAUGGCCUUCCUCAAAUAUGAAUAUUUAUGUACCCUAUAUUUUUAGAUCAAAUUAUAAUAAAGCUCAACGAGCAGUAAUAACUGCUUCUAUGGCAGAGUUUGAGACUUUGACGUGUAUCAAAUUUAAAUACAGAACAAGGGAAAUGACCUAUCUUGAGUUUAUUGAUGGGAUAGGAUGCUGGUCCUAUGUAGGGCCAGGAAAACAAAGAGCACAAGAAAUUUCUCUGCAAAAACCCCACUGUGUGCAAGUUGGUAUAAUACAGCAUCAGCUGAUGCAUGCACUUGGUUUUUAUCAUGAAAAUUGUAGAACUGAUCGUGACGACUAUGUUGAGCUUAAAAUGGAGAAUAUUAAAAAAGAAGCAGAGAAUAACUUUAAAAAACAGAAAUCCAAUAACUUGGUUACAGCUUAUGAUUAUGUUUCAGUUAUGCAUUAUGGAAGGUAUGUUUUUUCCAAAAGUCUAGAUUUACCCACCAUUGUGCCAAAACCAGAUCCAAAUGUGGAGAUUGGACAAUAUAUGAGUUUCUCUGAAUUAGAUGUUUUAAAGAUAAACAAGCUGUAUCAAUGCCAGGUAUGUGGAAACCUACUCACUAAAAGUGAUGGCAUUUUCACGUCUCCAAACUACCCAAACAUGUAUCCUAGUUUUACCAACUGCAAGUGGAUAAUCAGGGCACCUUUGGAGUAUAAGAUCAUCGUGGAAUUCGAUUUCUUUUACAUUCAACCAUUUAUAGGCUGCUAUCGAGAUCAUCUAAAAAUUCAUGAUGGUUCCAAUAUUCGAUCACCAAUCCUUAAAGGACCAGCUUGUGGCAAAUUGGCUCCAGCGGUGAUCUCUUCCCAGAAUAAAUUGUUAAUUACAUUUUUCUCGGGUGGACAGAAACACUCUCGGGGAUUCAGUGCUAAGUAUCAAUUUGUUAAAUGUGGAGAAAUGCUGACUGCUUCACCAACCAGGAUUAUAGGUAGAGUUGAAUAUAAAGGUUCCAUGAAACCACAUGAAGUGUCAAACUGUUUUUGGCUGAUUCAAGCACAUAGAGGGCAUAAGGUUGUUCUUGAAAUUACAACAUACAAUUUUCAACAAUCUAUCAAAUGUAUAGAUGCCUACCUUGAAAUUCAUGAUGUCUCUGUAGCACCCCCCAUCAAAAGAGGAAUAUUCUGUGGACAAAGACCAAUACCUGUGAUUGAGGGCAUUGCCCUUUUGAUAGAAUUCAGUCAUCCUGGAUCAAAGACACAACCUGGACUCAGAAUUGACUAUAAAUGCGUUGCUAGUCCAAUUGAAAGAAAAGGGGAAGGUUCCAUUCAGCGGAGUCAAUGCAGUGUGUGUAUGUUGGUAUUAUGCACGUUACUAAUUUCUUCAUGGACCAUGUAAUUUUUGCAGAACAACCAGAAGUUGUUUUCAUUUUCCACAAUCAUCCACACCCUGAGAAUCCAAAGUGAUUUGAGCUGAAUUGUUGUAUAGUCAAUGGGUUAAAAGUGUUAGACAGGUUUUCUGCCUUUAUAAAAAUACAAUUAAAUUAGUGGCUUAUUAUUAGCAUUCUGUGUUUAAUUACUAAUAAUUUUAAGGACAGUCUUGCAGCUAAGACAUGGAAGAGGCUUACAGAAUUGAAGAAUACUGUAUUUUUCAAGAUAAUAGCAGAUAUAUAAUGUCUACUAAA